CGUUAUGGGCAAGCAGUGCGGCCCGUGCGUUCACCGGGAGCGGUUCACUCGGCUGCUGACACACUACAUCGCGCCAAUCGGCUGAAAAAAAAUUACGUAAAUAUUACAACACUCACGCAUUGAUUAUGAAACGUCUGUAAGAGUCGCUGCAGCACUGUGUCCGACACACGAGUCCAGAACACAUGAACACGUAACCCCAGUGUGUAUGGUGUGCCAAUCGCGUUUUGUUUGAAUUGUGCGAUCCUGUUGACCCUGGUGAUUUUAUUUUAUUAUAUUGUUUUGUAACCCUCACCCGUGGUGGUUCACUCUAAGCUUCGUUUCUGUGUUUUGUUGUGAUUUAUUUGACUGUUUUAUUGGAUUGUCACUAUUGUUGUUGAUGUGACAGUGCUCGUACAACUUGGGACAGACAUAAUCGAUGACUGUGCCAAUCUCUUCACUGCCGAAUAUGGAAUUAUCUAAACCUCGAACAACUUUCGACUAUUUUUGUUAAAAUUUACAACCUUAGUGUGUUUUGAACAUUCGUAUCAAUGUUACGGUGAAAAUAAAUCAAACGCAAAAUGGGACGGCAUCGUUGGAGGAUCACGAUCGCAGUCCUUCUAUUUGUUCUAAAGGACGUACAAUGUCAAGAUGAAAAUGAAUUUGACUACCCAUUAGUAGAAAGAAGUUUUGCUCAAGUUCAACCGCCUUUGUUUUCAAAUAGUCGCCCAACGACAUUUUUCGACCAUGGAGACAGCUUUAGAAUCGCGCAACAAACGCAGCAACCACUUUACAAUCAGGGCCAAGUCAGGCUCCCCAGCCCAAAUUAUAAUCAGAAUCCUUCUCCCUUCCAAUUGCCGACUGGCAGGAGUCAAUCUGGCACGCAAUAUUAUAUAAACCAACCUGAAUUUCCACCUCAAAGACAAAGGUUCAGACCGGCCUUGCCUUACAAUUAUCAAUUCCAUCCUGCCUCGACAAAAAGGCCUGAUGUGUCUCAAAUUCAUUCUGUUGCUUAUCAAAACGACCCGUCAAAGCCAGAGACAUUUUUGGGUCAAAUAACUUUAAAUAAUCCUGACAUCGACUACUUACAAAAUAGUAGAUUUAAAAAUAUACCUUUUGAUGGCAGUAAUAGUUUAAAGAGUAACGGUCAAAGCGGGCACAUUGUUCGUAAUGAAGAUGUAGAAAAUGAAAAUCAAGAUUUAUUUGACCAUCACAAAGUUACUACCUACAAUCCCACGAGACUUCCAAACUCACAAAGACUGAAUAAUAAGCCUUCGAGAUUUUCUCAUUUUGAUCCGCCAAGCUUAGAAGCCAAAAAGAACACUGGUAACUCUCCAUUUAACGCAAGAAAUAAUGCCAAACCCGCAAAACCGAGUGCCAACUUAUACCAAACUACUUCUACUGAAUAUAAGGCACUAUUAGAUUUAGAACCGUUACUCGAAGACGACAUUAGUGACAUUAGCUCAUUUAGAGAAUUAAUGAAAAAUACUCAAGGUUCGUUUGAUGUUCAAGUCAUAAAAUCAAAUAAUACUGAGGAUCCUGAAGCUGACGAUAGUAAACCAGACGCUAGCUCCAUGAAUGCAGACAAUUUACUAAAAGAAAAUCCGGCUUUAUUAUCUACUACUAAAUCCCCAACAACUGCCUCUACAACAACUACCACAACUACCAGGAAUACACAUAUAGACGAUGAUAAUGAUGACAACGAAGACGUGGAGGAAUAUGAAUACUAUGAUGAAGCUGACCAUACUGAAGUCAAACAUACUACACAGCAAUCACAUCCAACAGAACAUGUUUCAGAUAUUUACGACGAAUACGACCCAACAGAGGAACCGGAGAAGACUGUGGAAGAAACGAAAACAAAUGCCAGUAAGUCUUUUGACGUUUUAGUUAUGAAACCUGUAAGUACCAUGGUAAAAGAUGAUAACUUUAAACAUUUUGUAGAUACUACUGUAAUCGACCAAACAGAUCCAGUGGCAAAGCAGGAAUUUACAAGUCCAAAUACAUAUAUUCCAAUUGCCGAAGACGUCAGUUCAGUAGAAUCACCUUCCAUCUUAGGACAAGAAGUAGUUUCUGUAGUUACAACGAAAAGUGUGGUUAAUGGAACUAUAUCAAUACCUGACGUGACCUAUGCUCCUAGCACGCCAAAAAUUACAACGAAAUCCGAACACUUAUCUUCAGUGGAGAUCAGUGAACUAAACGAUACCUCUAUACCAGUCACAACGGAAAAUUGGAUUGUAGUCGCAUCAGUUCAAACAAGCAGGAGCGUUUCAGGUGCCCGAUUUUUACCUUUCCCUACAGUAGAACAGGAAGAAAAGAAACAAGUUUUAACUGACGAAAAAGAAGACGACGACGAAGAAAAUGUAACUAAAGAUCCAAGACUUGAGUCUAGUAGCGCUAGUUCGUCCUCUACUGAAAAUAUUAAUGACAAAUUAGACAGCAUUCAAUCGGAAUUGUCUAUUGGCGUUCUAUCAGGUGCAUUAGACAAUGAAAAUAAAAACAUUGAACUAAUAACAGAGUCUACAUCAGAACAAACAACAUCAACAACUAGUACAACUACAACAACUACUACAACCACAACUACAACAACUACUACACCAGCGCCACCGAAUGUGUUUACUUUAAAGAGCACUCAACAACCGUCAACUACUGUUAGAUCUGCGCCGGAACCUUUACCAGUAAUGGUAAAAAAAUUCACCCCCCGCGUGAUGACAUCUACUACUGUUAAACCAAAGAAAAAAUUAGUAACUGUAAUGGAUGAAUUACCAUCAGGACUAUUGCCAACAGGAUACAAACCAAGACUUUCAUUCAAAGACAAACGCACAAGUACAACGACAACUACUACAACAACGACAACUACUACUCCUGCAACAAUCACAACAACAAAAGCUAGCCCACGCAAUAUUCCUAUCAUUAAUAGUACACAAGCACGUUCUUCAGGUAUAAGUGCCAAAAACAAAGUUAUAAUAUUAGAUGAUAAAUCAUUAUUACCCAAGGAAUACAGACCGAAAGAACACAAGCCCCCAGAAGACCUAUUCAAAAAGACACCAAAAGACGAUAUUAGUAAAUUUUUACCUCCUGGUUAUAAGCCUCCAGUAACAGAAACACCCGAGAAGAAAGAAACAACAAAAAUUGUUUUGGAAAAAGCAGAAAAAGUUGAUAUUUCAGCAUUUUUACCGAAAGGCUUUAGCCUAAAUACAACAACUACAACGGAAAAACCGAAGACUGAAACAAAAUUGCCCGCAAACGUUAUGCCUUUCGAUAUUAAAUCAUUGUUGCCACCAGGUUUUAAACUAAAUGCAACUGAAAAUGAAAGCAAAGAAGACCCGCUUGCCAAAAAAAUCGUAGAUAUCUCCAGCUUCUUACCGCCAGACUAUAAAUUAGAGAAAACCGAAGAACCAGCUCCUACCACUAAAGCACCUGGAGGAACAAAAGUCGUAUUUCCUUCAAGACCCGGUGGCAAAGUAAACAGGAAAACAACGACACCAAAGUUCUUAGGGCCGCCACCUGUUACGCCAAAAAUACAAAAGGGUUGGCCUACAAGAGCUUCGACUGAAUUUACUGGUUGGCCGUCUCCAUCAACUACACCUUUCUCGAUCGAAAAAUUAUUGGAAGCCCAACGAAAUGCAACUGCGACUAGUCCUCUACCAGAUUUUGUCACUGAAGCUACGACUCGACGCACUACGACUACAACGACCACGACACCCGCUCCCCCUCCCUCGACCACUCCUGGAAUUUGCCGUAAGGAGUGCGACAUCGCAGCCACUAUCAAAAUCGUUUCAGGAGUCAGUUGGAUACCAGAAUUGCUAGAUCACCACACUGUGGAAUGGCAAAGGUUGGCAGAAGAAGUUAAAGCUGAGCUUAAUUCUGUAUAUUCAAAAUCAAACUAUCUCAAGAAAUGGUAUAAAGACAUUCGCAUUGAUGGCUUCAGCCAAGGAUCAGUUCUCGUUGACUACUUUAUUGAACUGAAUAAUGUAGAUGAAAGAGUCGAUACUUUAGAUCUCAAAAAGAUGUUCCACAAAUCUCUUCAUGGUGCCAGACCGGGUUCGUUUGUAGAAACAGUAACUGAAGUCGCUAAUGAAGAUUUACCACCCGCCUUCGAUCCUGAUGUGAUGCUAGGCGAUCAACCAGAUGAAGAAAGAAUGAAAAAAAGCAAUGAAAAGAUGACUAAAACGAUAGAUAAAUCGGCAGGAAAAUUGGAAAUUGGUAAAUUCGUGAUGGAUCCCGCUUACACGGAAUUUAUCGUUUUACCAAAACGUGAAGAGCCGACUGCUGUGAUCCCAGAAGAAGAAUCUCUCUUACCUCAAUGGGGUAUCGCUGUAAUUGUCAUCGCUCUGGCAUCUCUUCUUUUUGUAGUCAUAUUUGGUGUUACAGUGCUAGUUAACAGACAGAAGAGUGCGAAAGCGAAAGCUCCCAUACCACUGAGCGAAGAUAUGCUCCGAGAAUUAGAUAAGAGCCACAUGGGAGGCUUUGAUGACAUGCAUCAGCUGAAGGAACGAGAUCUACCUUAUCUUCCUUCGGGAAAGCGUAUGUCAACUGCCUUCAUCGAGCAGCUGGCAUAUCCAAACCCUGGUGAUUCCUGGCGGUCGGAGUGGACACCGCAGCUACAGAAGUACAUGCAGCAUUACACACCUGAUUCUGGCCGAGGGUCACAAAUAUACGGGCCAGUUGGAAACGGCUAUGGAUACGGUGGGUCCCAAAUCUACGGGCAGACGGGUGGUGGCGGGUCGCAAGUGUACGGGUACACGGGCGAGUACCCACGCGCGCACUACCCGCGCCGCCGCUCCGACUACGAUAGCAACUUCUAGAGCCUUCUAGAAACUUCGCUGACAGACUUAACACAUUCUUGACAAUAUCUUCUUUGUAACCUCGAAACUAGUGAUUACUCCGAUAGGUCGUUUCAUUCAUUCUGUACACAUUCGUCAUCACUGGACAUCAGUAACAGGUUGUGAAAUAACUUCAUUAUCAAAUCACAUGAAUAGAUUCGUAUACAAUACGACUUCAUAUACUGCAUGAUAAUUUUAGCAGCUUUUAGUCCGGCUUAUUUAGGACUCGUAACAGUGCCAACUCAAGAGGUUCAUUUGCUUUAUAUAUUUUAUACGAUAAGAAACAUUAUUAUGUAAAAAUAGUUUAAAAAAUGUCUGCCAAAAUAACUACUUACGACUGAUUGUGAGAUGUAAAUAUGUAGAUUAAGGACUCGCCAACAUUGUAAUCGAAGAUUAGAGGUGAGGCUGCGAAACAUUUCUGUAGAUAAUAUGUCUAUGCAUACCUAUAUUUGCUCAGAACCUGUAGUGGAACGUCAGCGUACCGCACGCAAGCGUGUAACGCCUCAUUGUGCCAAAUGUACGUGUGUCCACCGUUAACGAGUACGUGUGUAAAUAAAAACUAUGGUCCCAUCGUAUGGAAGCAUCGAUAUUAUUUUAGGUCGGUAAAAGUUUUGUACCGCAUCGUGUGCAUAAGCGGCUCUCAGCAGUCAGCCGGCACUAGGCGGCGGCUGGUGAAUGCCGAUGGGCUAUCGAUUCAAAUAUUAUCACAUGAGCCCUCUUUUGAAGCUCAUUUUCAUGAGAAUAAGAUUUUAUACGAACGUUUGUUAUCACGGUAUCUAAAUCACAUUUCGAUUCGCGAUUUUUAUGGAAUCGUAUUAUUAGGAAUUUUAUAUUGAUGAUAGUCAAUUUUGAAUAUUGCGAAAUUCAUCGGACGAGUUCGUAAACACGUUACAAUCUAAUUUUAAUAUGAUAGCAGUUAACUAUGUAAUAACAAUGUUAAUUAAUGUUCAAUUUAAGGGCUCUGAUGUUUUCUUGAAUGUCUUGAUUGAACAAUUUCGUCAUAGAUGUUGAUCGUAUUGUAAAUUUCUGAAGUAAUUAAUAUUGCGAUUAUAUUAUGUACCUACCAAUUAAAUUAAGAUUAGUGAUUGCAUGGAAUAUUUGUGUAUAUAAAAUCAAUUUUUGUACAUGUAGAUUUUAAUUUAAUUAUUGAUGUAGUUAGUGACAAAUUAAACCAAUAAGAUCCAGAAUAUAGAUAUAUAUAAUGUAACAAAAA